UAGUCUUAAUGCAGGUCCAAGCCUCCAGCCUCCUGCCUCCUGCCUCCAGGCUCCAGGCUCCAGCCUCCAGCCUCCUGCCUCUAGGUCCAGCCUCCUGCCUCCUGCCUCCAGGCUCCAGCCUCCUGCCUCCUUCCUCCAGGCUCCAGCCUCCUGCCUCCUGCCUCCAGCCUCCUACCUCCAGGCUCCAGCCUCCUGCCUCCUGCCGCCAGCCUCCUACCUCCAGGCUCCAGCCUCCUGCUUCCUGCCUUCAGCCUCUGGCCUCCUGCCUCCAGCCUCCUGCCUCUAGCCUCCUCCCUCCAUCCUGUGGGAGAACUUGCAUGGAUAGCAGGGACAGCAGCGAUUCCAACCCCACCAGGCUCAGGUGCCCUGUGUUCUCUUCUGCAGGAGGAACAGCUUGGCUUGUACGUGCUCUACAGCAAGAGCAAGCCCCAGGCAGACGCCCUGCUCCACGACCACGGCAACAUCUUCUUCAAGGUCAUCCCCCCUCCCCGCGAACUGCGUCACCCCCAGCCUGGUCGCACCUGACCCCCUCUCCUGCCCGUGCAGGGCAAGCAGCGGGAGCUGGGUGACAAGAUGGACCUGGACUCCUACCUGCUGAAGCCCGUGCAGCGCAUGGGUAAGUAUGCGUUCCUGCUCCAGGACCCGGUCAAGGAGGCCGGCCUCUGCCUGGCCCAACAGCAGGAGCUGGGGGAACUUGGAGCCGCCGAGGACGUGGUCCGCUACCAGCUGUGCCACGGCAACGAUCUGCUCGUCGUGGAUGCCAUCCGCGACUGUGACAUAAGCGUCCAAAGCCCUGACGUGCUCUCAUGCGCUCAGGACUCUGGGCUGGUGCAGGGGAAAAACAUGAUCAGGGCCGAGAACACAUGAACUUUCCUUCAGGAAAGUCCCCGAAACAGACACCUCCCAGAGGCCCCCCCAGAGACUCUACCAGAGGGGCAGGAGGGUGAGAGGAAGGACCCCAACGUCUGGGCCACUGGGGCAGUAGCUGCAUGCAUGAAAAGCAGGCUGGCUGCAGACCAGACUUACUGGAGCUGUUUUAAAUCAACUGGAUGCAUCGACAGUUCAGCUGUACUGUGGGGCUUUGGGGGUGC